UUUUGGGAGGUCAGGCAGGGGGUGCCUUCCUGGAGGAGUUUAGACCAAGUACCUAGGGCAAUGUGAUGCCAAAUCCCUGUGCUGCUCUCCCACCUCAGAACCACUGGCUGCAGUGCUGGCUCUUCUGCUCUCCUGCUCCAGCAGCUUUGCCUCCCACUCUUCCCUCAAAUCUCGUCCCUAGCUGCAGGGAUGGCAUCAGGUGGCCAAGCAGGGCUGGGGGCUGGCAGCCUUUGUGUCUUCAUCUGACCUGCCCAGCGCUGCUGGCUGGUGUCUUGCUCCAUGAAGCUGCUGCCCCAGACAGGUGGCAGCCCUGUAGGCGUCCUGCACACUCUGUCCUGUCCCUGUGGAGCACUUGUGGGCUGUGCCACAGGUCACUGCCCCACUGUGCAAGGGACCUGUUUGCAGAGGGGGUACUGGAGCAGCAUGGCUUUCACCCUCUGUGCCAUUCACCUGCCCUGCUCCUCCAGCCAGUGACAGGAGUCGUGCUGGCCACACGCUUUGCACACAAGGACCUCUGAGCCAGCCUGAUGCAGCCCCAGGACUUUGGCCAGACAGCUCCAGCCAUGAUGUCCGUGCCAUCAGUGAACUCACUCAUAAGGAACUCACUGAGUUCCUUAUCUCAUUCUUUCUGGUGUCAGUAAGCAGCAAACUCACUGACUGCACAAGCAUUGCUCUUAUUUCACACUGGAGAAAACACAGAAUCAUGACAAGAGCCAUAUCCAAGGAAGGAGAACCCAAUGGGGCCACCACAUCUCCUGAAGAGAUAGAAAUGGAGGAAAUGGAAGAGAGAGGCCAGUGGAGGAACAAAAUGGAGUUCAUGCUGUCUGUGGCUGGGGAGAUCAUUGGCCUGGGUAAUGUGUGGAGGUUCCCAUACCUCUGCUACAAGAAUGGUGGUGGAGCCUUCCUCAUCCCUUACCUCAUCUUCCUCUUCACCUGUGGGAUCCCCCUGUUCUUCCUGGAGACGGCGCUGGGGCAGUACACGAGCCAGGGAGGGGUGACUGCCUGGAGAAAGAUCUGUCCCAUCUUUGAAGGAAUUGGAUAUGCCUCCCAAAUCAUUGUGGGAUAUCUGAAUAUCUACUACAUCAUCAUCCUGUCCUGGGCACUCUUCUACCUGUUCAGCUCCUUCACUUCAGUGCUACCAUGGGCCAGCUGCAAUAACCCCUGGAACUCAGAUCUCUGUGUGGACAUUCUGAAUAGAUCCGGCCUGGACAACAGGACCUAUCCUGCGAACACCACCUCCUCAAUGAUUGAGUUUUGGGAGAAGCGAGUCCUGGGGCUCACGGAUGGUAUUCACAGACUGGGCACUGUGCGCUGGGAGCUGGCUCUGUGUCUCCUGCUGGCGUGGAUCAUCUGCUACUUCUGCAUCUGGAAAGGGGUCAAGUCCACAGGCAAAGUCGUUUACUUCACUGCCACCUUCCCAUAUGUGAUGCUCCUCAUCCUGCUGGUUCGAGGGGUGAUGCUGCCAGGGGCUGCUGAAGGGAUCAUCUUCUACCUGAAGCCAGACAUCUCCAGGCUGGCAGACCCACAGGUCUGGAUGGAUGCAGGCACUCAAAUCCUCUUCUCUUAUGCCAUCUGUGAGGGGUGCCUGACAGCUCUGGGCAGCUACAACAAAUACACCAACAACUGUUACAGGGACUGCAUCAUUCUCUGCUCCCUGAACAGUGCUACCAGCUUUGUUGCUGGCUUUGCCAUUUUCUCUGUGCUGGGCUUCAUGGCUCGAGAGCAGGGUGUACCUAUUUCAGAAGUGGCCGAAUCAGGUCCUGGCCUGGCUUUCAUAGCAUAUCCAACAGCAGUAACAAUGAUGCCUGUGUCUCAGCUCUGGUCCUGCCUCUUCUUCCUCAUGCUGAUCUUCUUGGGACUUGACAGCCAGUUUGUCUGUGUGGAAAGCAUGGUGACAGCUAUUAUUGACAUGUUCCCAGGAGUGUUUCGGAAGAAGGGACGUCGGGAGCUGCUGAUCCUGGCCAUUGCAGUCAUAGGCUACCUGCUGGGCUUAUUGCUGGUCACUGAGGGUGGCAUGUACAUCUUCCAGCUCUUUGACUACUAUGCUGCCAGUGGCACAUGCCUGCUCUUCCUGGCUAUUUUUGAAGUCAUCUGUAUAGGAUGGGUGUAUGGUGCCAAUCGCUUCUAUGACAACAUUGAGGACAUGAUUGGUUUCCGGCCGUGGCCCUUGAUCAAGAUCUGCUGGCUGGUGUUCACCCCGGGUCUGUGCUUGGGCGUCUUCCUGUUUUCCCUGAUCAAGUACACACCCUUGAAAUACAACAAUUCCUACGAGUACCCACCCUGGGGCUACAUGCUAGGCUGGCUGAUGGCACUCUCCUCCAUGGUCUGUAUUCCUCUAUAUGCCAUCUUCAUCCUCCUGAAAACCAAAGGACCCCUGAAACAGCGGCUGAUGCAGCUGAUUGCCCCGGCGGAGGAUCUGCCGCAGCCGAAGAGGAAACACGGGGCAAAGCCGUCCGAUCUGAGGCGUGAGGGAUGGACUCCUCCAGUCCAGGAGAUGCUCAGCAUCACAGAGAGAGAAACUCACUUCUAAGGCACCUGGGAUGUUUCCUUCAAACCCAGACUGACUUGCUCUCUCCUUCCCAGAGUGGUUUCUUUUCCCUUCUCUCCUUCACGUCUGUGACGGAAGCAUCUGGGACAAUUCCUCUCCUUCCAGCCGGCUGGUUGCACCCACUAGAAACAGCAUUUCUUUUACACCCUGGGGACAACUCUUUCUGCCAGCAGCUGUGGAGGCUGCAGUAUGCUUUUGUCAGAAGUGCUCUUCAGUACUGACACCGGUUGGGAAGAGUAAAACAACACUGUAGAAAAAAAAGGAGAAAAAAAAGUGCAUUCAUGUUGGGAGGAGGAAAAGAAACCACAGUGGCGAGGGUGGUGAGAGAGAGCAGAGAUUAAAGAUGUGAAGGAGCCAAGUUAGGAAUGCAAAAGCAUGGAACGAUGGGGCAUUAUCCCAGGAAAUAAGUAAGCUGGUUCAGAGGUACAUAAGAAGCUGGAGGAUGACAAAGGAAAGUGCAUUACUAGGUCACCUCUGUACAAGGGAGAGAGAGGCAGGAACAUAUCAUAGCCAAUGACAAAAGGAGGCUGCAGUGUCCGUGGUUACAGCUUCAGCUGUCACUGGAAGGGAAAGGAAUGACAAGGUGCUCGAUGCAAUCCUAGUUGUUGAUGAUUGAUCUCAAGGCAGUAUCAGUCUGGAAAAGGGGGUGAAGAAUGGCUAUCUAGGGGACUUGCUCUUGGUCAAAACUACAUGGCCCAGUGAAAACACAUCCAAGAGUGAAACAGAUGAAUAUUUGACAAUUUUUUCGGAAAAUUCAUAGGGUGCAAAAAAAGUCCCAGAGCAGUUGGUAAGAAAAAGAACUGCAGCGCAGCUGGGAAAAUGAGACCCUGAGGACUGCACGCCCACAAAUUUAACUGCAAUGCUGGGGCAUUUUGUAGAGGAAUUAUUGAAGGAGUUGAUGGGCCUGAUCCUGCUCUGCAGAGUAGCUUUGGGAAGAGGGUGGGAGAAUGAUUGCACUCCCUUGGCUUUGCUGUGGAUGACUGCUCAGGGGAUAAGGAAGACAUAAUCAGGCACAAUAAUCAUCAGUUCAGGCAAGAAAAAGCAAAAUUAAUAGGUAAUAUAGGUCCAUUGGAAGCAGAUUGUGUCGAAUUAGAGGUUAGUUGUUGCCUGGGUACUCAAAAAUGCGAGGCAAUGGGUGGGAGGAAAUGUGCUCUGAUGGCGGGUUUGGUGCAGUGCCAGAUGUCUCUGUCCUGUGGAGGCUGGGGCUGUAAAGCUCCUGCCAAAUGCUGCUUCAAUGCCUAUCAAAAAUUCACAGCUAAACCCAUCAGAAAAGCCAGUGGCAGGACUCAGCCGGGCGCUGUGCUGUGGCCGAGGGUACAUGCGCUGGUGCAUGGCUGUGCUGCAAUAUUGGUGCAUCCAACCACGCCAGGGGAUGGCCUUCAAAAUGAAUCACAGAUGCCACAGGCUCCUUUCCUUGUUCCAAGUAAUUGCUUUUCCCUGUGCUGUGUGGAGAUAAACGACCAGCACUGAAAGUAAGCAUGGAAAUCAGGACUCAUCUGUGCAGCUCGCUACCUAUUCCAAUUGCUAUGGGAACCUUAUCUGCUGCAGUUUGCUCUCAGUUUAACUGGAGAAUUAGCAUAGGGCAAUCUUUUCUCCGUUUAAUUUCCUUUCCUUUAAAAACUAAAAACUACAAACUGCUGGUAAAAUGAACGCUGAAAGUCAAAUAUCAGAAUUUGUAACUCUUUGGGACAUUAUCAUUUGAGAUGUUUUACUGUGGAAGAUGGAGAAAGCUGGGAAACCUCAUUCACAUUCCCUGCAAAGGAUUGCAGCACCACAUAAGACACCAUUUAUUGUAUUUUUUUUUUUGAAGAGCUGAAUGUCAUCCUGCAAAUAGCUGUGGGAAGAGCUUAGCACCCAGAGGUUUGCAGUCAGGCCUCAGGGGAAGCAGUUUGGUGAUUUUUCCUCUCCCUCCCACCAAAUUAUGUUGCUCAUAAUUUGAUGGGGGAAGCAGCCCUGCCAAUCUUGAUUCUUGUACAAGCCUUAGUAGGACAUUUAGCCCCUCUGCUCCUGCUGCCAUGCCUUUAAGAUGUGAGGUAGUGUUGUGCUGUCAGAGAAGUCAUGCAGAUGUGUUCACUAGUUUUUCUGAGGCAGUUGAGUGACACUGCAAAAAUCCUAGAUAGAAACAAAUACCUCUUCAGUUUGGAACACAAAUAUGGUGCUGUGUUAUUGACUGCAUGAACUCGUUCUUCCUACUUAUACAUAAUCCAAUAUCCAAUAGCAUCCCUACUCUGCCAAGAAGCAACUUCUUUUUAUAAAGCUAGAGGAGGUAUUGCUGUGCCCAUUGAAAGCAAUCAUAAAAUUUCCAGCAUCAGAAAAUUAAUCCAGAUGGAACUGACAAAGUUUCAGGAAUUUUAAGUCAAAGCUCAGUGGCCUAGUGUAAUUUAAUUCCCUUUCCUUUAAAAACUAAAACACCACAUACACCCAGCUGGGGGGAGAGGGGGGAAUGCCAUCAGGGGCUGUCUUUUGCUGUGCAACCCUCAGCACAAUUAGAGACUGAGUAGUGGUUUGUUAAAUUUAUACAAAUGUCUCAGGCAUUGCUGCAUGCAUGUGACAGAUCUGACAGGUCUCCAUCAACCCCUGGAACUGGGCACCUCUGGAGACCUCUGAGUCUGAUGGAAAACUGCUCCUGUUCUGCACACCACCAGGAAUACAUUACUGGAGGGUUGGUAGGGAGAGGAGGUAGACAUUUAUUUUUUUUUCCCCUGUAAUUCUUGAUAAAAUGCAAGACACGAUGCAUUUGAAGCAAGAGAAGGUAUGAGGUUUUCAUACUGUGCUGCUCCUCACAGCUGGAACUAAAACACUGUAUACAGAAGAAAGUAUAUACACCUGUAAACACCUAACUACCACUUCUGGGUUUCCAGUUUGUUGUUCUGGUUUUGUUUUUUUGUUUGUUUUUUUUUUUUUUUUUCUUCAUAAAAAGGCCAUUUUCACCCCUCUCUCCAGAAGGAAAAGACAGGAACAGAGUGUUAAAGAAGAAAUCAAGCCAAAAGGUCUUGUCUAUUCCUUCCCCAUCCUGUUACUCCCGUUCCCCCCCACUUCAGCCUUCACUUCCUUCUUCCUUUGACAGUGACAAAUGGCAAAAAAGGAAGGAAAUGGUCAUUGAAAACUUGUACUGGACAAAAUUUGGAAAAAGAUAAAACAGUCAAAUAUCA